UUGGACUCUUAUUAUUUUUCUCACCAGAUCUGCUUUUAAAUAUGUCCUGUUCAUGCAGACCUGCAGCGAGGGUGAUUAUAAAGUCAGUUCAUAAAGGUUUCUCUCGUUCUCAUGUUCAGCUCUUCAGCCUCACUAGACCGGUGUGUGAUGAAGCUCGUCUGCCUCUGUUCGUGCUCAACCGAUCGCUUUCUCAAACCGCAGUGUGUUUCGCCUCUAAAGAAAGCUCACCCAGAGAUGGCGACGGCGGAAAGAAGGGCGUAACCGAGGCGGGCGGAAAGCGGGCGUCCGGCGGUGGGGGUGCAGGGAAGGGUGGCAGUCAGCUGAGGUGUCCCAAAUGUGGAGAUCCUUGUACACAUGUGGAGACUUUAGUGUCCUCCACACGGUUUGUGAAAUGUGAAAAGUGCCAUCAUUUCUUUGUGGUUCUGUCUGAGACGGACUCCAAGAAAGGUUUAAAUAAGGAAGCAGAGAGCUCUGAGCAUGUUAAAUUUGCAUUUGCUCAGAAACCCCCUCCGCCUCCUAAAAAGAUUUAUGCCUACCUUGACAAAUUUGUUGUUGGCCAGUCGUAUGCCAAGAAAGUGUUGUCAGUUGCCGUUUAUAAUCAUUACAAACGGAUCAACAACAACCUCCCAGCAGCGGGCCGACAGCCAGCGGAAACAGAGAAACAGAGUUCCCUCUCUCCCAGAGAAUUAGAGAUCAGAAGGCGUGAAGAUGAAUACCGGUUUACAAAGCUGCUUCAGAUCGCUGGCAUCAGUCCCCAUGGCAACGCUCUGGGUGCAUCGGUUCAGCAGCAGACCAAUCAGCAAGCUCCUCAAGACAAAAGGGGCGGGGACGUGCUUGACUCCACCCACACUGAUAUCAAACUGGAGAAAAGCAAUGUUGUGCUGCUGGGACCUACUGGGUCAGGUAAAACCCUGCUGGCUCAGACUCUGGCUAAAUGCUUGGAUGUGCCGUUCGCCAUCUGCGAUUGCACCACCCUGACCCAGGCGGGAUAUGUAGGCGAGGACAUCGAAUCUGUCAUUGCCAAACUUCUGCAGGACGCCAACUACUCUGUUGAGAAAGCCCAGCAAGGGAUAGUGUUCCUGGAUGAGGUGGAUAAGAUCGGCAGUGUGCCUGGGAUUCAUCAGCUGAGAGAUGUCGGGGGGGAAGGAGUUCAGCAGGGUUUGCUGAAACUGCUUGAGGGAACGGUCAUUAGUGUCCCAGAGAAGAACAGCAGGAAGUUGAGAGGAGAGACAGUGCAAGUGGACACAACCAACAUCCUGUUUGUGGCAUCGGGUGCGUUCAACGGCCUGGACCGAAUCAUCAGCCGGAGGAAGAAUGAAAAGUAUCUUGGUUUUGGGACGCCCUCUAACAUGGGCCAAGGGCGUCGAGCCGCAGCGGCUGCAGAUCUGGCCAACAGUUCAGGGAAUGAAGUGGACGCAAUGGCAGAGAUUGAGGAGAAGGACCGGCUCCUGCGGCACGUUGAAGCACGGGACCUCAUCGAGUUCGGCAUGAUCCCAGAGUUUGUGGGCCGUCUGCCUGUGGUGGUCCCACUGCACAGUCUGGACGAGGAGAUGCUGGUGCAGAUCCUUACAGAGCCUCGUAACGCAGUGGUCCCUCAAUAUCAGGCCCUCUUCAGUAUGGAUAAAUGUGAGCUGAAUGUAACCCCAGAUGCAUUAAGGGCAAUUGCCCGUUUUGCACUGGAACGGAAGACAGGAGCCAGGGGUCUCCGCUCCAUCAUGGAGAAGCUCUUGCUGGAGCCCAUGUUUGAGGUGCCUCAGUCUGACAUCAUUGCUGUGGAACUGACUAAGGAGGUGGUCCAGGGAAAGUGUGAACCACGCUACAUAAGAGCUCCCAAAGAAACAGAGGAAGAGUUUGAGGAAGACACCUGGAUCAGGCAUGCUGACGCCGCCAACAACUGAAUGUGAAGCUAUUGCUCCAGCAUCAUGUCAUUAUUGCUCAAGGCCGUAAAAUGCCAUCAUGAUGAGCCGGACCUAGACAGAGAGCGGUGUUUGUAGAUUUUUAAAUGACAGCACAAUGAUAACCAAUUUAAAGAACACUUAUUACCAUUUAAUAUGGUACAUUUAAUAACCUAAAGAGGAAAGAUAUGAAAGUGUUUUUAAAAUAAAAUAAAAAUACACUAACAUAGUAAAGCUCUAGCUUAUUUUCAAUCUCUGGUGAUCGGUCUAAAGAAUUAUUAUGUUAAUUGGUGAUUUCUUUUCUUCUUUUUUUUGCUUUUUGUUGGUGUGUGAACAUUCUAAUGGAACUAUACAGAUUAUGUGAAAAUUUUAGUAUUUUUGAUGCAUAAUACAGCCAUGACAUUGGUCUUGUUUCAGCAGGACACACUCUAGCUCAGUGAUAUCGCACAUGUGCUUCUCGUAUGCCUCUGUUUUAUCCCUGACGCUCAGUUCUACAGCACAAGCCUCUGUGUACAGUGUUACGUACAUCUAGUUUUAGGUUUUUCCAUUUUGAGACAACUGUUAACUUAAUAACUGAACAAAAACAAUGUGAUAAUAAACUUGACAGAAGUUGCA